AUGUCUGAGCUCAAGGCCGGUGAUAACUUCCCAGAGGGUGUCUGGUUCAGCUAUAUCCCUCCCUCGCCUGAAACCUCUGAGUUCACUACUUGUGGUACACCUGUCCCUUUCAACGCCAGCCAGGAAUUCAAGAACAAGAAGGUUGUUCUUGUCUCUAUCCCAGGUGCUUUCACGCCUACUUGCUCCGGCUCUCACAUUCCUUCCUACUUGGAACACGUCGACAAGAUCAAGGCCAAGGGUGUUGAUCAGGUCAUUGUCAUCGCUGUCAAUGACCCCUUUGUCAUGAGCGGCUGGGCCAAGGCCAACGGCAUUACCGAUGACAAGAUCCUCUUCAUGUCCGACAAGGAUGCUAAGUUCUCCCAAACUAUCGGCUGGAAUAUCGGUGAGCGAACUGGACGCUUUGCGAUUAUUGUCGACCAAGGCAAGGUCGUGUACGCUGCAAGGGACGAGGAGCCUGGAAGCAUCGAGAAGUCUGGUGCCCUAGGCGUCCUGGCCCAGCUGUAA